AUGGCGGAGAGGAGAAGCUCGGGGAAAGCUCGGAAGGCUCCCAGAAAGAGUCCAGGUAAUGUGCCAAUCAGUGAUUUGACAAGUGAGGAUGCAGCAAAGAGAAGAGCUGCCCUGGAACGUGCUGUCAGACAUAAGAUUGAAACUGAGAAAGGGCUCACCAGAUUGUUGAACGCUUCUUAGACGACGAAAUCACAGCUGAUUUCUUAUUAGACUGUGCUCAGUAUAUUUCUCCAUCUCACUAUAAGGACGCAGUUGAGGAAAGAUCAAUUAUCAAGCAGUGUGGAUACCCUAUAUGUAAUAAGAGCCUUGAAAAUGUGCCCAAACAGAAGUAUAAAAUUUCUACUAGAACAAACAAAGUUUAUGAUAUCACAGAAAGAAAGUGUUUCUGCAGUGAUUUUUGCUAUCGAGCAUCUAAAUACUAUGAAGCUCAGGUUCCUGAAAGUCCAGUGUGGUCAAGAGAAGGAGAGAGUCUACCAGUCAUUAAACUGCUCAAGGAAGGGAAGAGUGGCCAUUCUGGAGAGGAAAUCAAACUAGCAGACAGACUCAUCAGAUCUGCAGAAAUUGAGAAACCUAAACGCGUGAUAAAAGAUGGUGACUCUAGCUCUUCUGACAAUGAGACAGAUAACCGUCAGCAAGAGCAGGCCUUUGUGUCCACUGUUAUAUCAACCACAGAACCAAGUUUUGACAACUCUGGAUCAGUACGGGGAAGUCUUCUUAAUGCACAGCAAGAUGAAACUCCUGACAUUGUAGAUAUAAAACAGAAUGUGUCAGAAAUUGCAGAAAGAUUAAAUACUUGCAGUAUUAAUGAUCAUGAAAGGACAGUUGAUUGUAAGGAAAAAGACUUCAGCCAAGCUACUAAAAAGGCCAUAGUCAACAUUACAGAGGAUGGUCAGUCUACAGGAAGCGCCAUGGUGGACACUGCUUGUGUGACUCAGAGAGCUGUAAGCAAAACUGGUGCUGAGCAUCUCCGAAGAUUAAUCUCAAAGUCCAGAAGUUCUCAGACAGCACUAAAAGACAAAAUUCCUCCAGUGACAGUCAAAGGGAGCAUGCUUGACAUCCUCACACAGACACUAAACGGGUGGAAAUCAGAAGAGACUGUGAAAUAUUUCUUUGGAACCAGCUAUGUAAUAGAACCUCCAGUCCCCAAGGAAGAGGUUCCUAUUGCCAGUGACCAGACUGAGGAAUUGGAUGAAGAUGACAUUAGCUUUGAAGCCAUUAAGGAUACAAAUUCUGCACGUUUGAAUGAGUGUUUACCUUUCAAAAAUGACAAUGAUGAAUCUAAUGCUCUUCCAGAUUUUGCCAAACUUCAGGAAGAAACCAAACUUAUGGAACUUCGAGUCCAGGAAUUUUUUAGAGGACAUUAUGUUUUGCCUGAAGAGGUAGAAAAUGGAAAGUUAAAAGAAGGCAAAAGUGCUUCAAAAAAGGCUGAGGCUCCGUGGGCUCCACCGUUGCCUCUUGUAGAUUCUUGUUCUCAGCAGCAAAUUCGCAGACGAAUUGUACUAGAGAAGCUGAAAAAAGUACUUCCUGCUAUUUUGGUGCCUCUUCAGAUUGCAUACAGUGAUGUAUCUAAAGAAUUGCACAACCUGGUGAAAACGUUUAGAUUCACAAACAAAAACAUUAAUCACACUAUUCCAGAAUGGUCUAUAAUUGGCAUUGUUCUUCUGUCUGCGUGAGUAUAGUUACUUUUUUUUUUCAUUACAAAGGCUAAAAUACAACCCUGCCUGUUUAUUAUUUUUAGA